UUCUCUGAUCCUUCCAAACUGCUGUACAGCAAUAAAAUAGCUACUGUACUAGUACUCCCUAUUCAUUACUCUGCCAACCCAAAUAAUUUAAAAAUUUUAAAGUAAAAAUAUCAGUAUUACAAUUAUUUUUCUUCCACUAUAAAUAUGUCACGUAUUCAACGGAAAUAUAUUCUGAAACAGAGCAUUUUCUUUCAAAAAUGGCAAUAUUUAUCUACUUGUUGUUCAUUCUCUUCUCAUCAGCAACUGCUUGUGAACAGUGUGUUCUAUCAAAGGCAUCUGUUUUCUCUAAAGCUUCUACUCUUUCAUCUGGAUCAUGUGGGUAUGGUUCUUUGGCCCUGAAUUUCAAUGGAGGACAUAUAGCAGCUGGUGUCCCUUCACUUUACAAAGAAGGUGCUGGUUGUGGUGCUUGCUUUCAGAUAAGAUGCAAGAACAGUAAGAUGUGUAGCAAAGCAGGGACUAAAGUGAUAAUGACUGAUGUGAAUAAGGGUAACAACAAAACUGACUUUGUGCUAAGUAGCCGAGCAUUUAGGGCCAUGGCCUUAACUGGCAAGGACCUACAACUUCUAAAGCUUGGAGUUGUCGAUGUUGAACACAAGAGGAUACCAUGUGACUACAAAGACAAAAGUUUGGCAAUCCGUGUGGAAGAAAGUAGCAAGAAUCCAAAUUAUUUGGCUAUUAACAUUCUCUACCAAGGUGGUCAAACCGAGAUCGUUGCAAUUGAUGUUGCUGAGGUUGGUUCAUCAAAUUGGAUAUUCAUGUCGAGGAAGUACGGAGCAGUAUGGGAAACAAGUAGGGUUCCUGGGCCAGGCCCAUUACAGUUUAGAUUCGUUGUGACUGCGGGCUUCGAUGGCAAGUAUAUUUGGGCUGAAAAUGUUCUUCCUGCAAACUGGAAGCCCGGUGUAAUUUAUGAUUCUAAAGUCCAAAUUGAUGACGUUGCAUUAGAGGGUUGCACCACUCCAUGUUCUGAUUCCCAUUGGAAUUAACUUUUUUCUCACUCUGUAUAGGAUAUUUUUUUAGGAAGAAUAUUUUAUAUAUAUAUAUAUAUAUAUAUAUAUAUAUAUAUAUAUAUAUAUAUAUAUAUGAGACUAAGUAAA